GUGUCACAGUGUGACCGCUACGCAAAUGGGUUUAUGACACUUAACUGCUCUAUCAGUCGGGGCCAUUGACAGUCGCGAUCAGUGAAAUGCAGCUCAUUUGCGAAGACUAUAAUUUAUUAUUCAACGAGACAGCCUUUCUUGGUCAUUUCAAACACCGUUGCACCUCGCCACAGUUUCCGCAUAUCCUGGCCUUGUCUUCAAACGCGUCGGCAUCACGGGUGUCGAAGUACGGAUGUCUGUCGCCGCGGUACGCUUUUCCAGUGCGGGAGCUCAUAUGAUACCAAGCUGGCUCUGGAUGGUGAUAUUAGAGAUUUCCAAAAUUCGAGUUCUGGCACCAGCACGAUCCUGUUUGGCAAAUGAAUCGAUAUGUGCAUGUCGGAAUGCGUGCACAGUCCAGUACCUUGACUGUGAUCGACAGCACAGUUUUCGCAAGCAGAAUAUCCGCAGUCGGGGCAUUCAGAGUCAGGCAUAUCCCCCUCGUCGUCGUAUCUUAUAUUGCACCCGGUGCAGUGGGUCGUCGGCGGUCUCCCCCCGGGGGACUGGUCUUCUUUUCCCUCCUGUGCUUCCCGACAGAUGCGCUUCAUCUCACAUUCAUAUUUGUGAUGAGACCAUGCUUUGCGCCAGUCAUGCUUCGUUGCCCGACGGAUACUGAGAGACAAGCGCACCUUCCUUCUGGCAGGCGACACCGCAAUAUGUCACUUCUUUGCAGUUCGAGCACCUCUGCUCUGCCGCCUCGAGGCAUCCAUCGUUGUAGCAGAACCCCAUGUUUGAUGUACCGAGAGAAAUGGCGGUCGCAAGGGAAGAUGUAUUUACAAUCUAAAUUUUCAAUUCAAAUCGAGGUCACUCGGCUGUUUUACUGCAUGAUCAUAUUCCCACCGUGCCUCGCUUCCUCUUCUCCCAAUCCAUACACUUCUCCAUGAGUGUCGCCUACAUUAUCUGAUGUGUCGGGAAAUGAGCCGAGCCCGGGGACUGUGAGACCCAGAUCCAAGAAGAGAGUCCAAGCUCGCAUCGGGAGCCUUGAGGUAAGUCACGAAAGCUUGCAUAUUCUAGUGCUCUACGUUCAGGGAGUUUUCGUUCCUGAAUCGACGUUUGGGAGUGCUCUCCUCGUCCCACUCAUUUAUCUGCGAUUUGUGUCCGCACGCGCGAGUCGACGAAUCGAUGAUCCGCAAGCCGGAAAAGAGACAUCAAGAGGUUCCAAACGUGGGCACGAGUAUGGGCUAUUAUCAGUAAACUCUCAAGGUGAAGAGCUGAUGCCGACGGGGCAGGAAUGAA